UUUACGGAUCUGUGCGCAUCAGUGGAACGCCUGCUCUCUGAUAACACAGGUAUAGCUGGAAGGUAUUGAUUCAGGACGGCAUUAGUCUGAUGGAGACCUGAAUGAAAGCGUAUAUGGAUGUGUGGGACAGGUAAACAAGCCGUUAGGGGGCUCAACCAUUCCAGCGUCAACACAUAAAAAGAAAAGAUUUCAGUAGUGAUCGCUCUUCAUCCUCUCCUUAAAUAUGAGUCAAUCUCACAUUGUUAACAUCUCCGAAGAGUGGUACGACAUAAUGAAGAGCAGACACAUGGAUCUGUUCCUCAUCCCCACCGUUCUGCUGACCUCGGUCACUCUGCUGGUCAACCCCGUGUUGUUCCUCUGCAUCGUGUGUUUCCAUUCCUUGCGUCAGGAGACACGCUACCUGCUCCUCGCUAACACGCUGUUGGCCGACAUGCUCUUCCUCACCAUCAACCUUGCGGUCGUCUCCUGCAACACAGUGGGCAUGGACAUACCUUAUGUUCCGUGCAACUUUAUGCUGUUAAGCUCAGUGACCACCUAUACCUGCUCUGUGAUCACGUUUACGCUGAUGGUCGUGGACACGUACGUGGCGGUGCGCUGGCCUCUGCGUUACAAUGAGUUUCUCUCAGUGUCCAGAGUCAGGAAGAUAAUCGUGAGCUUGUGGGCGUUGUCCUCAUUGUGCCCGGUCUCAUUGCUCGCGUUCUUUAAGAUGGUUAUUCCCAGCGAACAACCACGUAAAGUAUGUUUGGUCUUGAUUGCUUUGCACUCGAUGGAAGUGAAGGUCAGCAUUCAUCUGUACUUCAUCAUCGGCAUCAGCGUCUGCUCCGCGCUCAUUAUUUAUUGUUACAUCCGUCUCUACAUGAUCACCAAGACUUCUGGGAUAUGGUGUGAUCGCUACUCACGAGCACGUAUGACGCUGUUGGCCCACGCUUUGUUGCUGAUGUUGUAUUUCACUCCAGCGCUGGUCUUUGCGGUCGAGUUGAGUCUUUUGGGACGGGAAGAAAAACCAAGCGAAACGGCAGUGUGGAUUAAUUUGGUGAACAUGUGCGUGCUCAUGUUGCUGCCGCGAUUUUGCACUCCGUACCUCUACAUCCUACGCUAUCGGGAGAUUUACAAGACACUUCAGAAUGUGUUGUGGAAGAACAGACAUCGCAGUCAGAUCCGCACGGCCUAG